CGGAAGAUGGCGGCGGCCGCGAGCACCCUUCUCUUCUUGCCGCCGGGGACUUCAGACUGAGCCUUCCCGGGAAGAGUGGGGACUGCAGGCGCCCUGCGUCCCGGGAGCCCGAACCAACUUGGUUCCUCUGUUAGUGGUGAGGAGGGGCAUAUCCUCUUGUGUAGGACUCAGGCCCUUCCCGCUGUCAGGAUGAAGGCUCAGGGGGAAACCGAGGAGUCGGAAAAGCUGAGUAAGAUGAGUUCUCUCUUGGAACGGCUCCAUGCAAAAUUUAACCAAAAUAGACCUUGGAGUGAAACCAUUAAGCUUGUGCGUCAAGUCAUGGAGAAGAGGGUUGUGAUGAGUUCUGGAGGGCACCAACAUUUGGUCAGCUGCUUGGAGACGCUGCAGAAAGCUCUCAAAGUAACAUCUUUACCAGCAAUGACUGACCGUUUGGAGUCUAUAGCAAGACAGAACGGACUGGGCUCUCAUCUCAGUGCCAGUGGCACUGAAUGUUACAUCACGUCAGAUAUGUUCUAUGUGGAAGUGCAGUUAGAUCCUGCAGGACAGCUUUGUGAUGUAAAAGUGGCUCACCAUGGGGAGAAUCCUGUGAGCUGUCCAGAGCUUGUACAGCAGCUAAGGGAAAAAAAUUUUGAUGAAUUUUCUAAGCACCUUAAGGGUCUUGUUAAUCUUUAUAACCUUCCAGGGGACAACAAACUAAAGACUAAAAUGUACUUGGCUCUCCAAUCCUUAGAACAGGAUCUAUCUAAAAUGGCAGUUAUGUAUUGGAAAGCAACCAAUGCUGGUCCCUUGGAUAAGAUUCUUCAUGGAAGUGUUGGCUAUCUCACUCCAAGAAGUGGCGGUCAUUUGAUGAACUUGAAGUAUUAUGCUUCUCCUUCUGACCUGCUGGAUGAUAAGACUACAUCCCCUAUCAUUUUGCAUGAGAAUAAUGUUCCUCGAUCUUUGGGCAUGAAUGCAUCAGUGACAAUCGAAGGAACAUCUGCUAUGUAUAAACUCCCAAUUGCACCAUUAAUUAUGGGGUCACAUCCAGUUGACAACAAAUGGACUCCCUCCUUCUCCUCAAUCACCAGUGCCAACAGUGUUGAUCUUCCUGCCUGUUUCUUCUUGAAAUUUCCCCAGCCAAUCCCAGUAUCUAGAGCAUUUGUUCAGAAACUUCAGAACUGCACAGGAAUUCCAUUGUUUGAAACCCAACCAACUUAUGUACCCCUUUAUGAACUGAUCACUCAAUUUGAGCUGUCAAAGGACCCUGACCCUAUACCUUUGAAUCACAACAUGCGAUUUUAUGCUGCUCUUCCAGGUCAGCAGCAUUGCUAUUUCCUCAACAAAGAUGCUCCUCUUCCAGAUGGUAGAAGUCUACAGGGAACCCUUGUUAGCAAAAUCACCUUUCAGCACCCUGGCCGGGUUCCUCUUAUCCUGAAUCUGAUCAGACACCAAGUGGCCUAUAACACCCUAAUUGGAAGCUGUGUCAAAAGAACUAUUCUGAAAGAAGAUUCUCCUGGGCUACUCCAAUUUGAAGUGUGUCCCCUCUCAGAAUCCCGUUUCAGCGUAUCUUUUCAGCACCCUGUGAAUGACUCCCUGGUGUGUGUGGUAAUGGAUGUGCAGGACUCAACACAUGUGAGCUGUAAACUCUACAAGGGGCUGUCAGAUGCACUCAUCUGCACAGAUGACUUCAUUGCCAAAGUUGUUCAAAGAUGUAUGUCCAUCCCUGUGACGAUGAGGGCUAUUCGGAGGAAAGCUGAAACCAUUCAGGCCGACACUCCAGCACUGUCCCUCAUUGCAGAGACAGUUGAAGACAUGGUGAAAAAGAACCUGCCCCCGGCUAGCAGCCCAGGGUAUGGCAUGACCACAGGCAACAACCCAAUGAGUGGUACCACUACACCAACCAACACCUUUCCGGGGGGUCCCAUUACCACCUUGUUUAAUAUGAGCAUGAGCAUCAAAGAUCGGCAUGAGUCGGUGGGCCAUGGGGAGGACUUCAGCAAGGUAUCUCAGAACCCAAUUCUUACCAGUUUGUUGCAAAUCACAGGGAACGGGGGGUCUACCAUUGGCUCGAGUCCGACCCCUCCUCAUCACACGCCGCCACCUGUCUCUUCGAUGGCCGGCAACACCAAGAACCACCCGAUGCUCAUGAACCUUCUUAAAGAUAAUCCUGCCCAGGAUUUCUCAACCCUUUAUGGAAGCAGCCCUUUAGAAAGGCAGAACUCCUCUUCCGGCUCACCCCGGAUGGAAAUGUGCUCGGGAAGCAACAAGGCAAAGAAGAAGAAGUCAUCAAGAUUACCACCUGACAAACCCAAGCACCAGACUGAAGAUGACUUUCAGAGGGAGCUAUUUUCAAUGGAUGUUGACUCACAGAACCCUAUCUUUGAUGUCAACAUGACAGCUGACACGCUGGAUACGCCACACAUCACUCCAGCUCCAAGCCAGUGUAGCACUCCCCCAACAACUUACCCACAACCAGUACCUCAUCCCCAAUCCAGUAUUCAAAGGAUGGUCCGACUAUCCAGUUCAGACAGCAUUGGCCCGGAUGUAACUGAUAUCCUUUCAGACAUUGCAGAAGAAGCUUCUAAGCUUCCCAGCACUAGUGACGAUUGUCCACCCAUUGGCACCCCUGUUCGAGAUUCUUCAAGCUCUGGGCAUUCUCAGAGUGCCCUCUUUGACCCUGAUGUCUUUCAAGCCAAUAAUAAUGAAAAUCCAUACACUGAUCCAGCUGACCUUAUUGCAGAUGCUGCUGGAAGCCCCAGUAGUGACUCUCCUACCAAUCAUUUUUUUCCUGAUGGAGUAGAUUUCAAUCCUGAUUUGUUGAACAGCCAGAGCCAAAGUGGUUUUGGAGAAGAAUAUUUUGAUGAAAGCAGCCAAAGUGGAGAUAAUGAUGAUUUCAAAGGAUUUACAUCUCAGGCACUAAAUACUUUGGGGGUGCCAAUGCUUGGAGGUGAUAAUGGGGAGACUAAGUUUAAAGGCAAUAGCCAAGCUGACACAGUUGAUUUCAGUAUAAUAGCAGUGGCUGGUAAGGCUUUGGGUCCUACAGAUCUUAUGGAGCAUCACAGUGGUAGCCAGAGUCCUUUAUUGACCACUGGGGACUUAGGGAAAGAAAAGACUCAAAAGAGAGUAAAGGAAGGCAAUGGCACCAGUAACAGUAGUCUAUCAGGGCCAGGAUUAGACAGCAAACCAGGGAAGCGCAGUCGAACCCCUUCUAAUGAUGGCAAAAGCAAAGAUAAGCCUCCAAAACGGAAGAAGGCAGACACUGAGGGGAAGUCUCCAUCUCACAGUUGUUCUAACCGACCUUUCACCCCACCUACUAGUACAGGUGGAUCCAAAUCUCCAGGCAGUUCAGGAAGAUCUCAGACUCCCCCAGGUGUUGCCACACCACCCAUUCCCAAAAUCACUAUUCAGAUUCCUAAGGGAACCGUGAUGGUGGGCAAGCCCUCCUCUCACAGUCAGUAUACCAGCAGUGGUUCUGUGUCUUCCUCAGGAAGUAAAAGCCACCAUAGCCAUUCUUCCUCGUCUUCUGCUUCCAACUCAGGCAAGAUGAAAAGCAGUAAAUCAGAAGGUUCAUCAAGUUCCAAGUUAAGUAGCAGUAUAUAUUCUAGCCAGGGGUCUUCGGGAUCUAGCCAGUCCAAAAAUUCAUCCCAGUCUGGGGGGAAGCCUGGCUCCUCUCCUGUUACCAAGCAUGGACUGAGCAGUGGCUCCAGCAGCACCAAGAUGAAACCUCAAGGGAAGCCAUCAUCACUUAUGAAUCCUUCUUUGAGUAAACCAAACAUAUCCCCUUCCCAUUCAAGGCCACCUGGAGGCUCUGAUAAGCUUGCCUCUCCAAUGAAGCCUGUUCCUGGGACUCCCCCAUCCUCUAAAGCCAAGUCUCCUAUCAGUUCAGGUUCUGGUGGUUCUCACAUGUCUGGAACUAGUUCAAGCACUGGCAUGAAGUCAUCUUCAGGGUUAGGAUCUUCAGGCUCAUUGUCUCAGAAAACUCCCCCAUCAUCUAACUCUUGUACAGCAUCUUCCUCUUCCUUUUCCUCAAGUGGCUCUUCCAUGUCAUCCUCUCAGAACCAGCAUGGGAGUUCCAAAGGGAAAUCUCCCAGCAGAAAUAAGAAGCCGUCCUUAACAGCUGUCAUAGAUAAACUGAAGCAUGGGGUUGUCACCAGUGGCCCUGGGGGUGAAGACCCAAUGGACGGCCAGGUGGGGGUGAGCACAAAUUCUUCUAGCCAUCCUGUGUCCUCCAAACAUAACAUGUCAGGAGGAGAGUUCCAGGGCAAGCGUGAGAAAAGUGAUAAAGACAAAUCAAAGGUUUCCACCUUGGGGGGCUCGGUGGAUUCAACUAAGAAGACCUCAGAGUCAAAAAAUGUGGGGAGCACGGGUGUGGCAAAAAUUAUCAUCAGCAAGCAUGAUGGGGGAUCCCCCAGCAUUAAAGCCAAAGUGACUUUGCAGAAACCUGGGGAAAGUAGUGGAGAAGGGCUGAGGCCUCAGAUGGCCUCCUCCAAAAACUAUGGCUCUCCACUCAUCAGUGGUUCCACUCCAAAGCAUGAGCGUGGCUCUCCCAGUCAUAGUAAGUCACCAGCAUAUACCCCCCAGAAUCUGGACAGUGAGAGUGAGUCAGGCUCCUCCAUAGCAGAGAAGUCUUAUCAGAACAGUCCCAGCUCAGAUGAUGGCAUCCGACCUCUUCCAGAGUACAGCACAGAGAAGCAUAAGAAGCACAAAAAAGAAAAGAAGAAAGUAAAAGACAAAGAUAGGGACCGGGACCGGGACAAAGACCGAGACAAGAAAAAAUCUCAUAGCCUCAAGCCAGAGAGUUGGUCUAAAUCACCCAUCUCUUCAGACCAGUCCUUGUCUAUGACAAGUAACACAAUCUUAUCUACAGACAGGCCCUCAAGGCUUAGCCCUGACUUUAUGAUUGGGGAGGAAGAUGACGAUCUUAUGGAUGUGGCCCUGAUUGGCAACUAGGAACCUUACUUUUUAAAGCAAAAACCAUGGCCAGAGAAAAACUAAGUGUAUAGGCAAAUCACCAUAAGGAGUGAGACAGGUCUGAUUUUGUGUUUUAAGAGUCUUAAAUGGCAUGGCUUUGACACCAAGUGGGGUGAAUUUAGAAAGGCAUAGCCAGACCCUACUAAAGAGACCAUAGGGUUUGAUUCUGGUUACCACGAAUCACUUGUUCCUUUGCCAGAAAAAAAAAAAAAAAGUUAAAAUACUUGU